GCAAAUUCUGAGCAGGGAUGGGGUUCUCGGCAACCUGCUCCUGGAAGUGGAUGGUCUGCUGGAAAAAAUGGAUGGGGAGGAAGCAACAGUGAGGACAUAGAGCCUCCCAAAGGCCCUGGGGGCUGGGAUGGCUCAGGAAACAAAGCUUCCUCUAGCUGGGGGGAUGUAGGACAGAAUGAUGUUGGAUCUUGGAGUAAUGGGGCUAGCUCAAACUCAGCCUCUCGAACUGGCUGGGAAGAGAAUAAAAGGUCCCAAGGUGGAGGUACUUGGGGAGACACAGCCAGGGCUCCAGUUCCUUGGAAUAAGCAACAGGAAGCUACACAGGCUGCUCCAUCUUCUGGCUCCUGGGGUUCACAAGCUCCUCCACCUCCUGGAAAUGGUAGACAGCCACCCAACCCUGGUUGGAAGGGUGGCCCUACACCAACUGUGUCCAAGGAUGAAGAACCAAGUGGCUGGGAGGAACCAUCACAGUCAUCCAUCAGCCGUAAAAUGGACAUUGACGAUGGUACUGCAGCUUGGGGGGAUCCUAAUAGUUACAAUUACAAGAAUGUUAGCUUGUGGGACAAAAAUGCGCAAGGAACCCCUGCACAGAUGCCACGGGAGCAAGGAAUGCCUGGAACUAUAGCCAGCAAAGGAGCACCAUCAGUUUGGGGAAAAAAUAAGGGUCCCCCAGCUGACAAUGGCACUGCAGCUUGGGGUGAGCCAUCUGAACCUGCUUCUGGAUGG